GGGGUAUAGAAUCAAAGGCAGCUAUAUCCACAACAAGUCAUUUUUUAAACUGUGAAUGCCAUCUUAUUCUUCAUACUAUUCCACAUAAGUUCACAAAAUUGUUUGGUACCUAAAACAGCUAAAUCCCAGCCAAAUUCCCGUUUAAAGAAUCGGUUUAGAAUCAAAGUCAGCUAAAUCCACAGGGUUUGGAAACGAACACAGCUAGAAUUGAGCUCGGCCAAUCACAGGCAUCCAUUUUCGUAAUGACAAGAUGGCGGAUUUCAUACUGAACCGUGUUUGCGUGGGUGUGAUUUUUAUCGAAAUUAAAUAGGAUUUUGCAUAGUUUUCUUACUAAAAACGUGUUAUACGACUAGUUAAACGUGUAAUGGAAGUGCCUGUAAUAGAAGCAUUGCCAGGGAAAGGAAGAAAGCGCAAAAGACAGCCGGAGAAAUGGAAGGCGAACAAAGCGAAAAUUGACAGGUACUCGUCGCCAUCUUUGCCUGAAAACAUAACCUGCAAUCAUAACACAAAAUCAUUUGCGUGUAAACAAUUGAAAAUACUAGAUCUAGUGCAUUUUCACAGAUCGUUUUACUCAAAACCCAACAAACAACAUCAAGAUGCGUUAAUAUUGAAGUGCUGUUCGGUAAAAAAAACAGCCAGAAAACGGCCUGUAAAAAACGUAAGAAAAAGCAGAGCUUUUUCGAUAAAAUAUGCAAUUUACGCAAAAUCACUUAAGAAAGCCAUUCCAGUUUGCCAGAAAGUAUUUCUAAAUACACUUGGGAUAACGAAGUAUCGUGUUCAGUUCGUCAUGCAAAACUUCUUUGAAUCUGGUCGGGUUCCUACAGAGAAAAGAGGCGGUGACCGUAAGACACAAAAGUUUGCAGCACAAAGACAAUCAGUUCAUAGUUUUUUAAAGUCUUUGAAUUGCGUUGAAGCACAUUAUUGCAGAGGAUCAUCGCAGCAACGUAAAUACCUACCUAGUGAGCUCAAUAUUAAAAAAAUAUAUAAACUUUUUAAACAAGCACAUCCAAACAGCCCAGUCAAAUCAUCUUACUUUAGAUCUAUCUUUAAUCAGGAUUUUAAUCUUGGUUUUGGGAGUCCAAGGACGGAUGUGUGCUCGAAAUGCCUUGAACUUCAAGAAAAAUUGAAAAACGAAAAUGAUACAUCAAAGAAAAACCUACUGAUGAUAGAGAAAAGGAUACACAAAUUAAGAGCACAAGCAUUUUUUAAACUACUAAGGGAAAAAGAAGGGCAAAUGAUUACAUUCUCAUUCGAUUGCCAAAAGAAUUUAGUACUUCCGAAAGUGCCCGACCAGAGCUGUUAUUACAGCAGGCAGCUGUAUUUGUAUAAUUUUACAAUAGUCCAAGGAUCAUCGAAAGAUCCUUUAAAUAAAAACACUACAUAUGCAUACAUCUGGACAGAAAAUGAAUAUGCUAAAGGUUCAAACCAAAUUGCUUCUGCUGUAUAUGAUAGGCUCAACAAAACUGACCUAACUGAUGUAACCCACGUCCGUUUAGUGGCAGAUGGAUGUGCUGGCCAAAAUAAAAAUUAUAUAAUGAUUUCCAUGUGCAUGCGAUGGCUUUUAGAAAACCGUCAUGUAAAAAAAAUGGAACUAGUGUUUCCCAUCACAGGCCAUUCUUUCAUGCCUCCUGAUAGAGUUUUCGGGAAUAUUGAAAAACAAAUCCGAAAACUUGAGGUAAUCACAUCGCCAGAAGAGUACAUCGCUGUAAUCAGUGAACACUCUACAGUCACGCAACUACGUGAUAUACCCGUGCUUGACUGGAAAAGUUCAAUAAAUAGUAUUGUUAAAACACCGGCUCAAAUUCACUUCAAGAUUUCUCAGUGCAAAAGAUUUAUUCUUCGAAGAUCCAAAAAACAAGGAAGUGUGUUGGUACGUGGUGAAUUAUAUUACAAUUCUGACACGGGAAACCCCAAAAGUUUGUGUAAACCAGGCAAAAAAGCUGAGGAUAUACGACCAACAAUAAUUCCUAGCGGCAUACAAGUGAAUCCAUUAAAGUUGCGAGAUGUCAGAAACUUGCUUCAAAAACACUACGGUGACUCUUGGAAAAACCUGGCACAUUUAAGAUAUUUUCACGCCGUAUUGAAUCAUUUAGACGAAGAUGAGCUGCGGCUAUUAGAAGAAAGGGGAGUUGAAGAGAACGAUACUGUAGAAGAUCUAUGUGAAGUUCAAGAAGAAGGAGAGAAUUUAAGUAUAUAAAAUUUAAUUCAUAAUAAAAAUGAUUUUAUAAAAAUGUUCUUUUAUUUACUCAACUAGCUGACCCGGCAGACGUCGUCUUGUCCAGUAAUCAAUCCAACACCUACGCUACACCUACCCUAUACCUGCCCUACACCUACCUUACCCCCUAUGUAUUAUUCUGGGUCUUCAGCUACCUACAUACCAAAUUUCAUCGUAAUCUGUUCAGUAGUUUUCGCGUGAAAGAGUAACAAACAUCCAUCCAUCCACAAACUUUUGCCUUUAUAAUAUUAGUAGGAUUAUAAUUCGGUAUCAAUUUUUAAGCAAUCGACGUGAUAAUAACGAAUGCAUAUUUUCAUUUCAUUUUGGAUAGAAAAUCCUUAG